AUGGCCAUCUUGAAUGGGAUUCCCUGUGACGAAAAUGAAGAUAUAAAUUUUAACCAUCAACAACAAGUAGAAUUUCAUGACAGGUUGAUUUUUCUAAAUGCAUUCAACCAAGACGCUGACUGGGUUACCCAAGCGGUCAUUAAAAUUUGGGGCUUGCCUCACUUGACCCUGGACCCUAAAACAGCACAUCCCAAUCUCAUUCUGUCUGAUGAUCUGACCAGUGUGAUAAACCGUAAUGUUAAAGAACUGAGCCCUGACAACCCUGAAAGAUACAAUUUACGUCCCUGUGUGCUGGCAUCACAGGACUUUACAUCAGGAAUACAUUACUGGGAAGUGAAAGUGGGGUGCAAAACUUACUGGGAGUUAGGUGUUACCAGAAAUUCUAGCAUCAGGAAGGGCCAAUUUGACUUGAACCCAAAUUGUGGUUACUGGGCUAUAGUCUUGAGGUCUGGAAAUGAAUACUGGGCUCAGGAUUCAACACCCAAGAACCUCAACCUUUCUGCGCAGCCUAAGAAGGUUGGAGUGUACCUGGAUUAUGAGGGGGGUCAGGUGUCAUUUUAUAAUGCUGAUGACAUGUCCCACCUCUACACCUUCACUAACACCUUCACUGAGACACUGUACGCUUUCUUCAGCCCUUGCAAUAACUGUGGUGGAAAUCUAGAACCGCUAAAGGUGCUUCAUUUAUAGCUGUAAUUCAGGCUGCUUCACAUCUAGGCCUACUGACAUAGAACUUGUUCAUGUAGCCAUCUGAAAAAAUAAUAUAUUAUCUAACUCUGUACUCUAGGUGAAAGGGUGUUAGUGAAGAACACUGAACCUAAGCAGUGAUUUUUCUCUACCUGUUAAAAAUACAGAAGUGAGUCAGUGGCAUAAUUCCAGUCUGGCAGUUGUCUGUUCAGUGUCUGUUGUGAUCAGGUAGACCAUUUACUAAGUAACAGUAAAAUACAAGUAAACGUGACAGCAGGCAGUUUAUUCAAUGUUUAAAUGCUUUCAUCUCUAUUGAUAUUAAAUAGUCAUAUUAAUAAAGUGAAUUAAUAGCAACAAACUCUUUUUUCCCUUUUAAAAUGUAACUUUGCAGUGUGUCCAGAGAGCAGUUUCUUAGGUCCAGUAUUUUCCACAAUCACCACUGCUUAGAUACCCUAGUAACCAGUAGAUAUAAUAACAGGGAAAUUGGGUAUAUUAAGGAAACGGAAGCAAGGUAUAUAGCUAGAAAAUGAAUUAAGUGGUUUGACAAAAGGCAUAUUGGGGUUGUGAUUAUAAAGUUAUAAACUUCAAAUUCUGUGUGAUGGGGUGGGGUUUAAGAUAACUGCUAGGAUAUUUAUUUGUGACAUGCACAGAGAACUCCAAUGGAGCCCUUUUGAGUCUGUACUGUCAAAUGGGCAUGGCCUGAGCCUUUUGAAAAUGAAAUUAUUGCCUCAUGGUACAAACAAAUAUUCAUAUCUUUACAAACCUAAGUGCUAUUAGAAAACUGUAAAUGACAAACUUUUCAGUACAAUGUAAUAUUUAUGGUGGUUUCAUUAAUUCGAUUCUUGGUCUUAAACUGUAUUUUGUAAGCCACAAUAAAUGCAGUAAAUAUCAAAGUUUGUAAUGUUGUACCAUCAUCUUGAGAUAUUUCAGUAACUAUUUAAGCAGCAGACAUAUUACUAGCAGCUUUUGCUUCAUACAUCUAUGAGCUUACAUAUGAGGCUGCGCAAGUCUAUCUUUGUCACUUGAUUGUUGAGAUAUUUAGAGAAAUAUGAAAAUUCCUGUAAUAAAAAUAAACAGUAUACUGUACAAGUAGUAUUCAGUAUUUCUUUAUCUGCACU